UUUUUUUUAUCUAACGUUUGCAUCUUUGUUGUGAAUCAUGUCUGCUGCUAGUAAAGUUAAGAAUAUCGUUCCUCUUUUAGAUCGUGUCUUAGUUCAACGUAUUAAACCUCAACAAAAAACUGCUGCUGGUAUUUAUAUCCCUGAAAAGGCUCAAGAAGCUGUCAAUGAAGGUAUAGUGGUUGCUGUUGGUAAAGGUGCUCUUACUAAAGAAGGCAAUCAUAUCCCUCUUCAAGUAAAUGCUGGUGAUAAAAUUAUUCUUCCUCCAUUUGGUGGUAAUCCUAUUAAAAUUCAAGGCGAAGAAUACAUGUUAUACCGCGAUUCGGAAAUUCUUGCUAAAGUUUUAGAUUAAAAGUGAAAAUUUGAAAUAGAAAAUUAAAAUGUAAAAAAUAAUAUACAAGUUCAUUUGCUAUUAAUAAAGGGGAGAAGACUAUUUUUCUUUCUGUAGUAUUAUUAUAUCUAUUGUGCGUAAAUAGUGUAGUAAUGGUAUUCUCUCUCUUCUUCUUUUUUUUCGGAUUGAUGUUGUGACUGGCUUAUAACUAUUUAUUUGUUUAUUUAUAUAAAAAUAUAUUUUUUUUUUC